CUUAAGGUACAGUGCGCUGUAAGGGCUGCGUCCCGUCAUAAGAGGAUAAUUGUGUGGAGUUAUUUGUUUCAAAGAGGCACAGAACGAGAACAUUUUUGGCUGCUCUCGGAUGCUGCUGAGGCCAGCGUGAGGGUGAUGUGACAGAGAGACAACGCCCUGCACGCGCAAACCAGAAGAAGCCGGACAUGGGCAUCUUGGGAAUGCGGAAGCAUGUGUGUGGGUGGGUGGGGCCAGGACACACCUAUCUGCUGCUGCUGUCUGUCCUCCACUUGCUGCUGCCUGCUGUGGCCUCCAUCUCCUGGACCCAGAGCGCCCCCAGAAUGGAGCUCUCAUAUGCAGACCUACAGGCGAGGAACAGCUCGGCAGUGUUCUGGGGUGGUCAGGCUGGGGAAGGGGGUUACCAGGCACUGCUGCUGGAUGAAGACCGGGGCUGGCUGCUGGUCGGGGGGCGGGACCACAUCUACAUGCUGCACUCCGACAACCUGGCACUGCCACCACGCAAGAUUCGUUGGCCGGCUGUGAAAGAGCAUGUCGAACACUGCAGGUCGGCUGGGAAGAAUGAGAUGGAUUGUGCCAAUUAUGUGAGACUCCUGCAGCCCUUCAAUAAAACCCAUGUAUACGUGUGUGGAACUGGAGCGUACCACCCGCUCUGCACCUACAUCGAUCUGGGUCACAACACAGAGGAGCCUUCAUUCCGGCUGCUGCUUCACUCUGUGGAAUCGGGACGGGGAAAAUGUCCCUACAGCCCGCUGGAGCCCUUCACUGCCAGGCUGAGUGAUGGAGACCUCUAUGCUGGAACAUCUGUGGACUUCAUGGGCAACAACGCUGCCUUAUUCCGAACCUCAGUGUACAGCAGCAACCAGCACUACAUUCGUACAGAGGCCUACCAGGACCACUGGCUAAACGAGCCAGAGUUUGUGGGCUCCUUCUCGAUCCCAGACACCCACAGCCCAGAUGAUGACAAGGUCUACUUCUUCUUCAAAGAAACGGCAGUGGAGUCCAGCCAGUGGGACAAGCGCAUCUACAGCAGGGUGGCACGGGUGUGCAAGAAUGAUGUUGGGGGAAAGAGGAGUCUGAUUAAUCGCUGGACCACCUUCCUGAAGGCCAGGCUGGUGUGCUCAGUUCCUGGCCCCGAUGGCUUGGACACGCACUUUGAUGAGCUGGAGGACAUCUUUGUGCUGGAAACUAAAGACUCGCAGAAUCCAAUCAUCUAUGGAGUCUUCUCCACUUCAAGCUCUGUGUUUAGGGGCUCCGCCGUCUGCGUAUACUCCAUGGCCUCCAUCCGGGCUGCCUUCAACGGGCCCUACGCCCACAAGGAGGGUCCAGAUUACCGCUGGGUGGAGUACAAGGGGAGGAUCCCGUACCCGAGACCCGGCACUUGUCCCAGCGAGACCUAUGACCCCCUUCACAAGUCCACGCGUGACUUCCCAGACAAUGUUGUGAGCUUCAUGAGAGGACACCAGCUGAUGUGGGAGCCAGUGCUGCCCAUCAACAGGAGGCCUGUCUUCAUGAGGGUCAGCGCCCCCUACAGGCUGCAGAGGAUAGUGGUGGACAGGGUGGAGGCAGAGGACGGUCCUUACGACGUGCUCUACCUUGGGACAGACAACAGCAAAAUGCUGAAGGUCGUCUCCAUUCCCAACGAAGCCUGGGAGACAGAGGAGGUCAUCCUGGAGGAGUUGACUGUGUUUCAGAAGCCAACCCCUAUUCUCAGAAUGGAGCUUUCAACAAAGCGGCAACUGCUGUAUGUGAGCAGCGAUGUGGGCGUAGUCCAGUUGGCACUGCAGCGCUGUGAGCUGUAUGGGCAGGCCUGCGCAGACUGCUACCUGGCCAGGGACCCCUACUGCGCCUGGGACGGCAAUGUCUGCAGCAGCUACUUCCCUAGCAACAAGAGGCGUGCCCGGAGACAGGAUGUCAGGUAUGGGGAUCCCAGGAGCCAAUGCCAUGACUUGGAGGAUGGUUCAGAAGGCACUGAGGAGAAGGUCAUCUAUGGGGUGGAGAGCAAUUCCACAUUCUUGGAGUGUGUGCCCAGAUCCCAGCAGACAGCAGUUAAGUGGACAGUGCAGCAGCCCCAGGCCCAGACCAGCAGGGAGCUGCUGUCGCACGAGGAUCGCAUCGUUCACAUGAAGCGGGGAAUCCUGAUCCAGCACCUGGAGCCGGGCGACACGGGGCUGUAUACCUGCACAGCCCUGGAGCACUCCUUCUCCCACGCGCUGGUCCGGUAUAACCUGCAGGUGAUCCCGCAGCAGCAGGUGGCCACGGAGCUCAGCCGGGUGGCGGGAGCGAAGGCAGAGGCGGAGGCGGAGGCAGCAGCGACGGCGGGGCUGAAGAACACGGGGAGCCCCCCCCAGUUCGGCCGGUCGCCGGCCCUGCGGAACUACAAGGACCUGCACCUGGUGGGCGUGAGCAGCCUGACCGCGGACGAGUACUGCGAGCAGCUCUGGUACCGCGACAAGCGGCGGCAGCACAAGCUGCGCAGCCUGAAGUGGAAGCAGGAGAGCAGGAAGGCCCGGGUCCGCAGGCACAACCCCCUGUACCCGCCACCCCAGUGA